AUGUCGUCCUAUUCGGAUCUUGCAACUUCACCCCAGUCUCCAAGCGGCAUGUCUUCAAGACGGCUCACGAACAGGAAUACGAACCGUUACAGCGUCACCGCGCUGUUUAGUAUGGCCGCCGAGCAGGAUGUCGAAGUAGAGGAUGAGCUGGGCCGAGCACAAAAGCGGCUUAGGGAACUUAAAGCUCGUAUCUCUUCCCAGUCAAAGCGUAACUUCGUGCUCGAACGCGAUGUCCGCUUCCUCGACUCUCGGAUCGGCCUGCUCAUUCAGAAUCGGAUGGCGCUCGAUGAGCAAAACGAAGUGGAGAAGCAUCUAGAAGAAGUUGAUGCAACUGAAGGGCAUUAUCCUGACGACCGCAAGCUCCAACAGUAUUCCAACCUCUUCUUCCUCCUGCAGUCCGAGCCUCGACAUAUCGCAAACCUGUGUCGGCUCGUCAGUUUGACCGAGAUUGAUACCCUCCUACAGACGGUCAUGUUCACGCUAUACGGAAAUCAGUACGAAAGCCGCGAAGAACAUCUGCUAUUGACCAUGUUCCAGUCCGUCCUAUCCUCCCAAUUCGAAACCGCCACUGAGUUCGGCUCCCUUCUCCGCGCCAACACGCCCGUAUCACGCAUGAUGACAACAUAUACUCGCCGCGGGCCUGGUCAGAGCUACCUCAAGAGCGUGCUUGCCGAGCGCAUCAACAGUCUCAUUGAGCACAAGGACCUCAACCUGGAGAUCAACCCGGUCAAGGUAUACGAACAGAUGAUUGCCCAGAUUGAGGAGGAGACUGGUUCUCUUCCUUCAAAUCUCCCUCGAGGGGUGCCACCGGAGACCGCGAGCGCGAACGCGGAUGUGCAGACUAUCAUCGCUCCGCGCUUGACCAUGCUCAUGGAGAUUGCGAAUAGCUUCCUCGUUACCAUCAUCGACAGCAUGGAGAGUGUUCCGUAUGGGAUCCGGUGGAUCUGUAAGCAGAUCAGGAGCCUCACACGAAGGAAAUACCCUGAAGCGACAGAUUAUGCUAUAUGCUCUCUGAUUGGUGGUUUCUUCUUCCUUCGUUUCAUCAACCCGGCUAUAGUCACCCCUCAGGCGUACAUGCUUGUGGAGGGCGUCCCAGCGAAGUUCCCGCGAAGAACACUGACUCUUAUCGCGAAGAUGCUACAGAACCUCGCUAACAAGCCAUCAUAUGCGAAGGAGGCGUAUAUGAUAACUCUCAACCCGUUCGUGGAGAACAACAAGGCACGAAUCAACCAGUUCCUCAACAACCUCUGUGAAGUCGGAGACUUCUAUGACACACUUGAGAUGGACCAAUAUAUGGCUUUGUCGAAGAAGGACCUGGUAAUCAACAUCACACUUAACGAAUUGUACAACACGCACUCCUUAAUCCUCCAACACAUUGAGGUCCUUGCGCCCCACGACAAGCAACAUCUCCGCAUACUCACCGAUGACCUUGGUCAAGCACCGCCCCAGGUUCCUCGAAAGGAGAACCGCGCCAUCGAGCUGCAGUUGUACAGCCGAUGGGAGACACCUAUUCAGGACAUCCAGAGUGCGCUCAUGGACUCUGUAUCAACAACAGAUAUGCUCUACAUGGAGACAAAGUCCAAUCUCGUCCAGUUGAUCCGGUCUCUCCCUCCGACAAAUGACAAGAAGCCGCACAACCUCGCCGCGAUCGCUGAGCGCGCAGCGACGACCAAGGACGCAACGCUCGUGCGGAAGGGCAUCAAAGUGAAGGAGAUGCUGCGCGAAUUGGAGGAGUACAGGAUCAUCGACCGCGCGGACGGGUACAAGCUCAUGCAGGAGGAGGUCGCGGCGGAGCUCGUGCACCUGGGCAACCUGCGCGAGAAGGUGGUGCUCGAGACCAAGUCGCUCGAGGCGGUGUACAAGACGAUUUGCGACCACAACAACUAUCUCCGCACGCAGCUCGAGCAGUACAAGGCAUACCUGCAGAACGUCCGCCUCACUGCAACGAAGGAUAAGGGCGCGACGACGGGCGUGGGCGUCGUCACCGUUGGAGGGAAGGAGAAGAAGCCGGCGAAACCUGUGGUUCAUGGGCCCUAUCGCUUCACGCACGCGCAGUUGGAAAAGGAGGGUAUCAUCGUCGAGAGCAAUGUGCCCGACAACAGGCGACCCAACAUCUACUUCAACUUCACCUCUCCUACGCCUGGUACUUUCAUAAUUGCGCUGCACUACAAGGGUCGUGAGAAGGCCAUCCUGGAGAUGGAUCUCAACAUAGAUGACCUUCUGGAGAAGCAAAAAGACAAUAAGCACCUGCUAGACCUGGAAUACGUGCAGCUCAACGUGCCGAAAGUGCUCGGCCUCCUGAACAAGAUCUUCACGAAACGAUGA